AUGAAGGAAUCGGGUCCAAAGGAGGACAUUGCGGAACACAGGCCAUCCGUCGGGGCGGUGGCCGAGGGACCCACGAGAAAUGGUGCCUGCGGCCUGGCCUUUGAAGGCGCGUGGACCCUGGGUGACUGGGUGGAGAGGAGGCAGCAGGGGGGCGCCAGGACCUGCCUGGGGCGGUCGGAGUUUUCUCAGGAGCUCGCCCCCGAGUGUCGUCGGGAACCUCAGGUCCUCACCCCCCAAAGCCCCAGCCUGUGCCCGCCACCAUCGGCGGGUCCGGGGGAAGCAGGGUCCCAGCCGCGCGUGGUGCUCGGCGCAGACCUCAGCCAGCCCUCCAGACUGGACGCAGAGGAGAAGCCUUACGCGUGCGCCACGUGCGGCAAGGCCUUCAGCCGCAGCUCGUCCCUCGUGAAGCAUCGGAGGACCCACACCGGGGAGAGGCCCUUCGAGUGUGACGAGUGCGGGAAGCACUUCAUCGAGCGCUCGUCCCUCACCAUCCACCGCAGGGUCCACACCGGGGAGAAGCCGUACCGCUGCGGGGACUGCGGCAAGGCUUUCAGCCAGCGCAUGAACCUGACCGUGCACCAGCGCACGCACACGGGCGAGAAGCCGUACGCGUGCGCCGCGUGCGGGAAGGCCUUUCGCAAGACCUCGUCCCUGGCGCAGCACGAGCGCGUGCACACGGGCGAGCGGCCGUACGCGUGCGGGGACUGCGGCAAGGCCUUCAGCCAGAACAUGCACCUGACCGUGCAUCGGCGCACGCACACGGGCGAGAAGCCGUACGCGUGCGCCGAGUGCGGGCGCGCCUUCAGCCAGAACAUGCACCUGACCGAGCACCGGCGCACGCACACGGGCGAGAAGCCGUUCCGCUGCGGGGACUGCGGCAAGGCCUUCAACAAGAGCUCGUCGCUGACGCUGCACCGGCGGAACCACACGGGCGAGAAGCCGUACGUGUGCGGCGAGUGCGGCAAGGCCUUCAGCCAGAGCUCCUACCUGAUCCAGCACCAGCGCUUCCACACGGGCGAGAAGCCGUACGAGUGCUCCGUGUGCAGGAAGCACUUCACGGGCCGCUCGUCCCUGCUCGUGCACCAGACGGGCCACACCGGCGAGAAGCCGUACGCGUGCGGCGAGUGCGGCAAGGCCUUCAGCCAGAGCGCGUACCUCAUCGAGCACCAGCGCAUCCACACGGGCGAGAAGCCGUACCGCUGCGCCCACACCUGCCAGUGCUUCGUGCACGCACCUCCGUUCCUUGGGCAGCCUUACGGCAUUUUGGUUUAA